AUGGUGAAACCCUCUUUGGAUUUCAUUCAGUUAGCCAAGAAAGGUACUAAGGGUGUGUUUCAGAGUAGAUUCAUUAGGAUGACUUUUCCGGACCCAGGCAGACUUGUGGAACUGGCGUGUCAGAGCCUGCUGACGGAUGAGGCCAUGGCCAUUGCUGCUCUGGAGUCGCUGCCCGUGGAGCUCUUCCCGCCAUUGUUUGUGGCAGCCUUUGCCGGGAGGCACAGCAAGACCCUGAAGGUGAUGGUACAGGCCUGGCCCUUCCCCUGCCUCCCUAUGGGGGCCCUGAUGAAGGAGCAGCAGCCUUACCACGACACCAUCCAGGCUGCGCUUGAUGGACUCGAUGUCCUUCUUUCCCAGGCGGUUCGCCCCAGGAGAUGGAAACUGCAAGUGCUGGAUUUACAGAAGAAUGUUCAUCAGGACUUCUGGACCGUGUGGUCUGGAACCAAGAGCAGUAUGUGCUCCUUGUUGGAGCCAGAGCUGGCCCAGCCCAGGAAGAAGAGGCAGAGAGUUGACGGUUCAGGCGCGAGGGUGAAGCCACCCUCGGCCUCCAUGGAGGUGUUCAUAGACCUUUCCCUCAAGGAGGGCACCCCUGAUAAGUCCGUCUCUUACCUCAUUAAAAAAAUCAGGCAGAAGAGAGGUUUGCUGCGCCUGUGCUGUCAGAAGCUGAAGAUUUCUUCAGUGUCGAUGCAAAACAUUAGGAUCCUGAAAAUGGUGCAGCUCGACUCUGUUCAGGAUUUGGAAGUGAACUGCACCUGGAAACUGUCCGCCCUGGAGAAGUUCACUCCUUACCUGGGCCAGAUGGGCAAUUUGCACCGCCUCCUUCUCUCCCACAUCCACAUGUCUUCCCAUAUCACCCUGGAGCAGGAGGAACAGUGUGUUAGCCAGUUCACCUCUCAGUUCCUCAGCCUGCUCCACCUCCAGGAGCUCGGUUUGGACUCUGUCGCCUUCCUCCAAGGCCACCUGGACCAGUUGCUCAGGUGAGGGAUGACCCCCUUGGAGACCUUGGCAAUCACUAACUGCCUGCUUUCGGGAGUAGACUUGAUGCACCUGUCCCAGAGACUGAACGUCAGUCAGCUGAAGGACCUGAGUCUCACUGGGGUCAACCUGACCAGUGUAAGUUCUGAGCCCCUCCAAGUUCUGUUAGAGAGAGCCUCUGCUACCCUCCAGGACCUGGACUUGGAUGAGUGUGGGAUCAUGGACCACGAGCUCACUGCUAUCAUGCCUAUCCUGAGCCGCUGCUCCCAGCUCACGACCUUCAGUUUCUGUGGAAACCCCAUCUCUGUGGCCGUCCUGGAGGACCUGCUGCGUCACACCAUUGGGCUGAGCAAGCUGAGCCAUGUGCUAUAUCCCACCCCCCUGGAGAGUUACCAGGAUGUCCACGGCAACCCCCACGUGGGCGUUCUUGCCCAGGUGCAUGCCAGGCUGAGGCAGAUGCUGCAGGAGUUGGGACGACCUAACGUGAUCUGGUUCAGUGCCAGCCGCUGUGCUGAUUGUGGUGACAGGACCUUCUAUGACCCAGAUCCCAUUCUGUGUCCCUGUUAUAUGUCUGUCUAG